AGAAGCCGGGAGGCGGGAGGCGGGAGGUGCCGGGCCCGUUUAAGCGGCCUCCCUCCCGCCCCCAGCCGCCCGGUCUGGCCCUGGCUCCAUCCCGAACCCCGGCCUGACCCCCUCCUGCCCUGCCCCGCCGAGCGGUCCGCGGUGCACCCGGGCGGCCUCCGGAGCAACCCAAGCCCAUGAGGGCCGCGCGCCCGGUCGCCGGCGCUGACGAGACGGAGCUCCCGGCCCGCGAGGGGGAGCGGAGGAUCAAUGCGGUUCCAGAACCGAUUCCAGAGGUUCAUGAACCACCGGGCCCCAGCCAAUGGCCGCUACAAGCCAACUUGUUAUGAACAUGCUGCUAACUGUUACACACAUGCAUUCCUCAUCGUCCCGGCCAUUGUGGGCAGCGCGCUCCUCCACCGGCUGUCUGACGACUGCUGGGAGAAGAUCACAGCGUGGAUCUAUGGCAUGGGCCUCUGCGCCCUCUUCAUCGUCUCCACAGUGUUUCACAUGGUGUCCUGGAAGAAGAGCCACCUGAGGACCGUGGAGCAGUGUUUCCACAUGUGUGACAGGAUGGUUAUCUACUUCUUCAUUGCUGCAUCUUACGCGCCAUGGUUAAAUCUCCGUGAACUUGGACCCCUGGCAUCUCACAUGCGUUGGUUUAUCUGGCUCAUGGCAGCUGGAGGAACCAUUUAUGUAUUUCUCUACCAUGAAAAGUAUAAGCUGAUUGAGCUCUUUUUCUAUCUCACAAUGGGCUUCUCUCCAGCCUUGGUGGUGACAUCCAUGAACAACACGGAGGGCCUGCACGAGCUGGCGUGCGGGGGCCUGAUCUACUGCCUGGGCGUGGUCUUCUUCAAGAGCGACGGCAUCAUCCCGUUCGCCCACGCCAUCUGGCACCUGUUCGUGGCCACGGCGGCCGCCGUGCAUUACUACGCCAUCUGGAAGUAUCUCUACCGCAGCCCCACGGACUUCGUGCGCCACUUGUGACGGGUCCGCGCCCGGGGUCCGCAGCAGUGUUAUUCCGGCGAUGGCGCUGGGGAGAGGGGCAGGAGCUGCAUGCCGCGCGGGAGGAGGAGAAAGACAACUGCACUGACUCUCUUUAUAUAUAGUCUGACUGUCAUUACUGUGAAAGUAUCCAUGCUGUGUUCUGGAAUGUUCCAGAACGAAUCUUCCGUUAAGGUUAGUGAAUUAAUGACUCAUUCCAUUCCACUGUCACGCAGGACUCUGGAUAGGCUUGGCCAACCGAUGUUUACAAACCAGGAUUUUGUAUUUUGAUUUUCCAGACUUUUACUACUACGUGGGUUUUUCUAAAUCGCCGGGCCGGGUUGUCGAAGUCAGCGCGACGGCAGGGCUUCCUUUCCAAGGGAAACUCGUUUCUACCCCCUUUCCCAUCGGCUGUGUAAGAAAUCAUGGGCAGACCUUAUACUGCUUUCACCAUGUUUCACCCUGACACAACAUGGCUCUUUUUUAAACAGUAACUUCGUUGUUUUGUACAUUUUUUUAAAAAACACGUUCCAUGGCCUCGCAUCUCCACGGGUCCGCGCCCACGUGCAUUCUGGCAGCAAGCCGUCCACAUUCCACCUGCGAACCAACGUUGUGCCUCUUCCGAUGGGGUCACGGGGCCUGAGAAAUUGCCAAUUUUUAAAAAAAAAUACAAAACGCAGUUUUUUCCAGCCGUUUUCUGCCAACCGCUGACUCCCGGGCUGCUCUGGGCCACGUCCUUGACCUAGUUUGGUUUACUAAUGAUGAAGUAUUUUGAUAUCCCAGUAACGUUUCCAAAAGAGGCACCUUUUUCUCUGCGCCUUUGCCCCGUUCUCUCCAGGGUCCUCCCCAGCCUGUGCUCUCCUGUCGGUGGUUGGCCAUUCCGAGGAGCAGUAGGGAUUACCGUCCACGGUGGCAUUGCCUCUGGUGCCCGGCGGUGAAGUCACUGUCACCCAGCUCUAUCUUACCAGUGUGAUGCUCAUUUUCAAACUGUGGAAUUAGAUGCCCGAGUUCACAUGUCUGCCUUUCUUCUCUAUCUCCCCAUACCCUUUCCCCCCCUUUCAGGUAGACAAGUAUUGAAAGCAUGGAUCUGUAGUCCAUGGGUUAUAUCCUGGCUUAGUGGAGUGGUAUUUAACAUAUUACCUUUGGUUUCCCCUCAGUGUCUUAUAUUAAGAUGAACACAGUAGCUGCUUUGUUGAUUAAUCUCCUUUUGGUGUGUUAAUGAGUGGGAUGGCCUUGCCUUGAGAUCAGGUGCCGACAGUGUCUGUUUCCUAGUAACGGGUUUGGUCAGCCCAACUGUUGGUUGGAUGAGAUAUUUAGGCUUCUAUUGAACUUUUGUACUGACACAGCUUUCAAAGAGAGUUUAUUUUGUGUGUGUGUGUGCGUGUGUAUUAAGAAUUCUCCGGUUUCGGUGAAUUAUACAGGAUGAGGGACAGAAGAACUGAUAAUUGGUGGCUCUUACAAAGGCGAGGUCAUCCUUCAUCGCCCCACCUGCAUGAGUCUCAACAUCCAGAUGCCUGCUGUUUUAUUGUGUAUAUUUUAUUUUUAAUAUUUUAACUUCUGUGGAUUCCUUUAAAGGUUGCCCCACUGUACCACUGUCAAAACCACUAAAAUGUAUGUAAAAAUGUGUGCUGUAGCCCAGAAUAAAAUUGUUACUUGGAUUUGU